AUGAGUAGAUAUAUAGUCGAUAUCUUAUCUUCAGCUGCAAAUCUUGAAGAUAUCCCUCGGUGUUCAAAUAUCAUUCUUCUUGUUCCUGAUACGUUCAGACUUUACUUACUUACUUACUUAAUUAGGUGGUUAGAGUCCACUUUGCUAACUCGGUUACUGAGGAUCCCACCAGGGAUUCAUCCGAUUUGCGGUAACAUCUACUUCUGAUCGUAGGAAAGGUGGGUUGCCUGGCCGUCACCUCCUCCUUGCUAGAAUGCAAUAGCUCCUGUUUUGGGUGGGCAGACACCGGGUUCUCGGGGCCUUGCUUCAGGCUGCAGCGACGAGGCUGCCUGCAUGAAAAAUCCAAAAAAUGGAUUUUCUGGCCAACUGUCGGUAAAAAGGAAAACUUGAAGCCCAAACCAUAACCCUGGUUUCACGGCGGGAAAUGCUCGAUAGGUCAAAAGGACACUGCUGGACAAUCCCUUUCCAACUUUCAAGUCUCCUCCCACAGGUAAAACCCAAAUCCGAAAAUGGGCAAGGGUUAGGCUCCUUACACCACAGGAAUUGUUUACCUAUCAUAGCUGCCUAUUUCCAGGUUGGUAAAAGCUUACCGAAUCUAAUUAAAUAGGUGCUUGAAGGUUGCAUGGCCGGGAGUCCAUGCCUAAGUGAGACGCCAUAUUUAAUUAUGAUGCAUUCAGACCAAGUAGAGAAAUUGAAUCUCAGUUUACAUCUUGCCAAAACAUCGAUCAAGCAUUAACUGGAGGUUCCCUUUACAUCAAGAUUUCAAGCGAAUUCGAGAGAGGCCUUAUAAUUGGCCUAAUCUUAGGACGCUGACCUGAUGCAAAGCUUCUCACCUCAAGGCAGGGUGUUUAUCAGAAGUUAUCUCAAAGAAUAAAUUUGCAGAAAUACAGAGAAUCUAGCUCGGAGAAUUGCCACACUGAAUCAUGUGGAAGCACUGAAGCCUCAUCAGUAUAUGCAAAUAGUCCUCGGGAAGAGCGUAAAAUCAAUUUUCCCCCACAAAAACCUGUAGUAGCUCCACAACUUACAGCACAGGACAGGUAUUUAGACAACCUUUACUAUGAAGUCCUGAAUAAAUUUUACGACAAAUUUUUGAUAGAAGUUGAGAUUAGAGCUCCCAAAAAAAAAUCAGUCCAAGCUCAAUUGAAAAAUUUUGCAGAAGGAGCCAUUAUAUCAGUUAAAAAAAAAGCAGUGCCAGGAAUUACUGAUACCUUGCCUGGCAGUUUAGAACUAUCUAUGAUGGUAUAUGACGAUUUAGUAAGCCACAAAGUUAUCGAAGAAAGUGGAUUGAAUGUUUUUUAUAAUGAUUUGUUGAUUAAGAUUAAGAUUAAGUUAAGCCGUUCGCACUUGCAGGGCCGGGGAUUUGCACCCCUUCACGCUCAUCGCCUAUGGUGAGGCCUCGGCGGACACCCUUCCUCGUUGCCGCAAACAAAGGAUUCGCACAUACCAGUCUUGACUUCCAUGGCUCUUGGAGUCUAAGGGCCAAUCACCUGGGUCGAAACUCCCAGUUUCUCGUUAGGCAAAUACCGUCUUCAGGGUCUGUAGGUCAUAUUGCCCACAGAGAUUGGCCGACCUUGCCCUUUCCAAUGAUUGUCCUGGAGGAAAAACCCCAAGUCCCAAGGAUUAGCUCCCUGAGGCCCGGAGAAAACCCAGCCCGACAUACAUAAAGGGUUUCCGGCCUCUUUCCACUCAAAUCCCAACACUGGGCCGUUGCCUGCAGAUAUUGAGGAAAUAGGGUUGGGAGGUCGGGUGGCUCGUCGUCGCCAUUUUUAUGUGUAUAUAUGAUUUGUUGAUAAAUGAAUACUUCGGAAGAGAAAAAUCACGAGAGUUUAAGCCUAUGUAUAAGGAAGCUAGAAAUCAGCGGCCUCCAUCACCUCCGCCUCCACCUUCACCUCCCUCUAAGCCUGUUUUUGAUAACUUCCCUUUUAAAUUGAACAAAUAUAGAUAAAAUUUCAAUUUUUUUGGGAAAUUAAUCUCCUUUUAAAAUGAAACGAAAAUUAUAUUUUUCAAUCAGAAAUUUUAUAUGCAAAAAUACUUAAGUUUUGGCUUUAACAUAAUUAAUGUAGGGUGUAAGUAGAAUGCUAUUUAAAUAGUUGGCAGAUUGAGUGACUAUUUUUUGAAUUAAUUCUUCAUAAUUACGAAACUGUUUUUAUUAUGAAAAUUUUUAUAUUUUUCAAAAAAAAACAACCCUCUUUAUUGAAACAGAAUAUUUUUUAUCAAUUUAAGGGGGGAUUAAGCAAAGUGCUGUUGAUGCUGCAUUUAAAUUAAUGUGAAGACUGAUAUAACCUAGCCUAGUUUUGGCUCAUCCCCGAUGUGUAUUUGGCAUGGUUUAAACAGCUUUUUAGUAAAGCAUUCUUCCCAGAUAACAAAUCUUCAAUGGCAAAUGGAUUUUCCACAGUGAUUGGUUUUACCAAAAUGGCUGGCUUACUCAGUCCUCAGAGAACACCGAAGGUGCUAGUGCACCCCGAUCCAAAGCAGUAAUUGGGCUAUAUGAACUGAUAUUUACGAAGGAAAUCCUGAGGAUAUAGGAGAUCUUGUAAUCAUCAUUGAUAAGAGAUUUGAUAAAUAUCAAGCAGAAGAACCUGAAAUGUUUCCAAACUGCAUAAAGGAUGAUAUAAUUAAAAGAGCAAUAAAACUGUUAUUCAAGAAUGAAACCAUUUCUCUGUUAUCAAAUAGUCAGAAGAACCCUGAAUUUAUUUCAGAAAACUAUAAGACAAAUCGGAAAGAAAAAAUUUUAACUCAAUAA